AUGGGUAAACAUAAGUAUACCAGAAGAAAUUUAAAACGUUAUUACAAUAAUUAUCGGCCCAAUAAUGAGUCAACAAAGCGCACGGCCGAAGACGAUGGCCCAUCCAAGAAACAGAAAUUAGUGAAUUCAGAAGACCCUGCCACAACAGCUGUCGCUUAUGCUGGAUCAGUCUGCAAAGCUGAGAACGAGGCUCAAAAUGCAUUGAAUGAAUCUCAUGUUGAAUUAUCAGAACAUGAGGCGUGCUCUCCUACUGACACGUCAAAAGAUCGGCUGGGAUAA